GAGUUUCCCUUUCGCACUUCGGCCCUCAUAACCUCCUCGACACGACAUCGCUGCACAGAUCAUCCGCUUACCGAUUCCACCACCACUUGUAGUGUCACCAUAUAAUCAAAUUAUAACACACCAUGUCUCUCGACAGGCAUGAACGAGAGUUGGCGAGAAGGAUCAAGGUCCUCAAGCAGCAAGGCUUCGUGCCAUCCCCUCCGCUUUUCAGCAAGGAGGAGGUAAGCCAGCAUUUUGAACGCAGAAAAGUAAGGUAAUACUAAACCCAUAACACAGGAGGAUCCGAUAGAAGUGCCAUCAUCGUAGCAAAACCAGAUGGGGAUUCCGGCGUGGCGGUCGCGAAAGCCGCUGGUGGACCCUGCAGGCAAUUCGCCAGGUCGAUCUCUCCGCGAGAUUCAAGAUGCCUUCCGCUCGAUGGACAUGAGAGAGCCCGAACAGCCGCGAAGAGCAGAGUCUCCUCUCGACUUCGGCCUGGGCGAGUACGACCAGAGAAGCGCCACGGAGGAUGAGCCCGCUCCCGAAUCCAGGGCGUCUGCUGCUUUUCAGUUCUCAGCCGACUUCAACUUCACACCGAACACGGUCACGAAUCGCAUCCCAUCCGCGCCAGACAGCGAUUGGAACCAGGUUCCACUGGGUCUCUACUUCGAGACGAUGACACACUUAGUAGACCGAACCUUGAUCCAUUCGGAGAUCCGCACAGCCCUACAUAGCAAGCGCACCGGAGACGAGCGGCCGACGACUAAUUGCGACGUGUCACAAGCUGCGAUUGAUUCUCAUCUUGCCGGUGAAGCGGAAGCAAUCGGGCACCGAUUCUCUGCCCAGAUUGCCGGUUCGAUCAUCCAGAGAAUGGAGCGGAUGAUCUGCCUCAAUAGACGACGGGUGAACGAAAGAUCGGCAUGGGUUCAACCGAGGCCUCAACUCAAGACCCUAAAAGAGAUCAUCGACGAAGUGGUUCGAUACUUGGAUAGGGCUAAGGAGCAGCGCGUCGAAGCCGGGGAGAGCGCCUGGCACGUAGCUCAUGAGCUCACGUGGGUGGCGUGGGUACAGGAAGCAGUCCAUUCCGGCACCUGGCAUCUUGCGGAAGAGAGGGAGGAGUGUGAGUGUCUUGGUGUGGCAGUCUAUGAAGUCGACUGAGACAAUAUCGAGGGACAUACAUGCAGAUUGAUAGCCAUGGAAGGGGCGUAUUUGUCUUUUGAUUGAGGUAUCACGUAUCCGGC